AUGGCAGAAGCAGUUGAAGGUCAAGUUCAGUACUUUCAGUUACACAGUGACCUUGAAACGGACGUGAAGGUCGUCAUCUCGAGGGAAAGCCUGGAGACCCAUGUUAGUGAAAGUGAUGAGGAGACCGAAGUUAGUGAAAGUGACGAUGAGCCCCAUCUUAGUGAAAGUGAUGAUGAGACUGAUAUUAGUGAAAGUUACGGGCCCCAUGUCAGUGAAAGUGAAGAGCCUGAUGUCAGUGAAAGUGGCGAGAACUAUAAUAAUGAAAAUGAUGAUGAGACAGAAGUAAGUGAAAGUGAUGAAGAGACCGAAGUCAGUGAAAGUGGCGAGACCCAACUUAGUGAAAGUGAUGAGGAGACCCAUGCUAGUGAAAGUAGUGGAGAGACCCAUGUUAGUGAAAGUGGCGAGACCCAUGCUAGUGAAAGUAGUGGCGAGCCCCAAGUUAGUGAAAGUGGCGAGACCCAAGUUAGUGAAAGUGGCGAGCCUCAUGUUAGUGAAAGUGAAGAGGAGACCCACGUUAGUGAAAGUGGCGAGACCCACGUCAGUGAAAGUAGCGAGCCCCAAGUUAGUGAAAGUGGCGAGACCCAUGCUAGUGAAAGUAGUGGCGAGACCCAACUUAGUGAAAGUUACGAGCCCCAUGUCAGUAAAAGUGGUUAUGUGACCCACAUUAGUGAAAGUGGCGAGACCCACGUCAGUGAAGUGAAAGAGACCCAAGUUAGUGAAAGUGACGAGCCUCGUAUUAGUGAAAGUUACGAGACCCAAGUUAGUGAAAGUGGCGAGCCUCGUGUUAGUGAAAGUGACGGACCUCAUGUCAGUGAAAGUGGCGAGAUCCACGUCAGUGAAAGUGGCGAGACACAUGUUACCGAAAAUGAUGAUGAGACCCAUAUACAUGUCAGUGAAAGUGGCGAGACCCAUGUAAGUGAAAAUGGCCAGAGCUACCAUGUCAGUGAAAGUGGUGAGGGAACAUCAAACAAUCCUUCACCGCCGACCAGCGCAGGUGAUGCCGAUGAAAGCGAAAGUGCGGGGAGGAGGAAGAAACACAGCUGUCCGUACUGUGGGUACAAGACGUGGCACGGCGGGCACAUGCGGGAACACAGGCGCGUCCACACAGGUGAGAGGCCGUUCAAGUGUAAGAGGUGUGACUAUUCCGCCUCGCGAGUCGCUCAUCUCAACUACCACAUCAUGGCGAAACACCCCUGCGGCUGCGGGUCGGUGUCGUCUUGCGAACUGUGCAGUUUCGCGGUGAAGAAGCGAGAAGCGCAGAAGAAGUACAAGAAGGUUCCGCGCCCCCGGGACCGCGCCAGGCCGCAUCACUGCGAGCUGUGCAGCUACGCCGCGGCAGAGAAGGCCACCCUGGUCCGCCACCUCAUGUCCAAGCACAGCGACUACCGCCCCUUCACCUGCGAUCUGUGCGGCUUCUCGGCAGUACGAAAGUACAGUCUGCAGUCUCACAUGGCGAGUCACCAGGGGAUCAAGCAGUACAAGUGUACCGUCUGCACGUAUUCCACCAACAUACUACCCAACCUGGACAGGCACAUGUUCACGCACACUGGGGAGAAGCCGUUUAAGUGCAGUAUGUGUGACUACGCCGCCUCGCGGAAGGCCCGGAUACAGCUGCACGAGGCGACGCACACGGGGUACAAACCUCACAAGUGCGACCAGUGUAACUACGCCGCAGGACAGCUGUCCAACCUGAAACUACACAUCGCGAGGCACCAUACCGGGGAGAAGCGCUUCAGGUGCGACAUCUGCGACUAUUCCACCGUGCGGAUCCACUACCUAAAGAUGCACAUGGCGAACCACACCAACAACAAGCCUUACAAGUGCGAGGUUUGCGACUACGCUUCGGCUACGAAGGGGAAUCUGAAGAAACACAACGACAGCAUUAAGCACAAGCUCGCAAUGAUACGCCUGGGGUUGUGCGACAUCUCCAGUUUAUUCACGGGAGCGACCGGAAAGCGAACGCGGGUACAGCUCUACAAGGGAGGCCCCGCUCCAGAGGCGUCGGCAAAAACGCCACCAUGCGACGACGGUGGGUGCAACAGCUCAGAAACGCAAAGUGCGAAUCAUGUGGAAGCGCAAAACUUGUAUGUAUCGGUACCGAUGGACCUGUAA